CUUCGUUGCUGCUGCUAAAGUUCGUUUGUGUUUCAUUGAAUGUCUCACAUGCCACGCUUUGCUAAUUGGGGGAAGAAAUAAUAGAAAAAAAAAACUGACUUAAACCGUGAACAGUCGGUAUUCGAAAACCGAUCGCAUCGAAUCGAGUAGGAGUAAAUGUUCAGUGCUUGUUUGAAGUGCAGUGUAAACGCGUAAGCGCGAGUUUUGAAAAACUAAAAGUGAAGAACUUAAAUUCCCAGGGGAAUGUGAACAUUGCACGCAAAGCGUAAAAAUUUGAAAAAACUGAGUUUUGAAAAAAAAAACAAUUUUUAUAAAUAAGAAACACUAAAAAGUGCUGAAAAGUUUAAGUGCACACGCGAAGAAUUUCAAACCAAAAUCCAGCAAAAUGCACACAGUCGAGGAUAUGUUGGGUGAGAAAAACUACAGUAAAUGUCCUUUGAAGAAACGUCCGAUCAACUAUCAGUUCGAAGAGGACAGCUCCACAGAUGUUGUGGAUGUGAAAAUGUCCGCCGCUAGCACACACAGUGAUGACGACCACACAGAUCAGCCCGAAAAUUUGAGUCUCAAGAAAUGUACUUAUGAGCAGGAUGACUUCGCACCCAUCGUCGGCUCACGUAAAGCUCACCUCACCACGAGCAGCACUCAUGACGAGCUGAUUAAUGUAAGCGAUUGUUGCGAGGACGAAGGUGUCGAUGUCGAUCACACCGACGAUGAUGCCUCUAUGGAUAUGCUGGACGAUGAGGAUGAGGAGGAAAUCAUUGAUUGCGUGAAGAUUGAAGAGCAAAACGAUGCUGCCACAAAUACUACACAAGCGGCCGCGCUAGCUGCCGCUGCAGCUGUGGCUGCUGCCUCCGUUGUUGUGCCAAAACCCACAUACGCCAAGUAUGGCUUGCAGCCAUGGAAUUUCCAUAUGUCACCGUACACUGCUGAAUUCUACCGCACCAUCAAUCACCCACAUUUGGCGCAACAGAUCUCACCGCUGCGAGGCGACUUGCUCUCGCCCAGCUCACCCUCAGCCGAUUCGUUGGGUUCAUUAUCGCCACCGCCACACUACCUACACGGACGUGCCAAUUCGGUGUCGCCGCCUGUGCGCUCCGAAAUCAUACACCGGCCGAUUGGUGUGCGUCAAAUGCCACAGUCGCCGUCACAGCAUGCGCAUCGUUUCAUUCCCUACCCACAGUUACCCACCGCCGCUGUCGCCGCCGCAGCCGCCUACCAUACGCAACACCAUACACCACAUCACACAACGGCAUAUCCGCCGCCACUCAGUUACCAUCAUCAUCCACAUGCACCCAUCUCACCAACCUACUCCGAAUCCUCGUACUACUCCAUGCGCUCAAUCACACCUGAGCCGCAUUGUUCGGCGCUGCCCGAGGAUUUGUCGCUGAAACACAGCACACUACAGAAGACGCCACAAAAGUCGUUGGCGAGCCGCGCACACCACGCCAGUGAGAAGCGCGACUCAAGCGCCAGUCAAAGCGGCUCGGCACCCAGCACACCUUCCAUAAAGAAGGAGAAGUCGGCACCGCCACGUUAUCAGUGUCCCGACUGCCAGAAAUCCUACUCCACCUUUUCCGGUCUCACCAAGCACCAGCAAUUCCACUGCCCCGCUGCCGAAGGCAAUCAGGUGAAGAAGUCGUUCAGCUGCAAGGACUGCGACAAAACCUACGUCUCACUGGGUGCGCUCAAGAUGCACAUACGCACCCAUACGUUGCCCUGCAAGUGCAACAUUUGCGGCAAGGCAUUCUCACGGCCGUGGCUGCUGCAGGGCCAUAUACGCACACACACCGGCGAGAAGCCCUUCAGUUGUCAGCACUGCCAUCGCGCCUUUGCCGAUCGCUCGAAUUUGCGCGCCCACCUCCAGACACACUCCGACAUCAAGAAGUACUCCUGCGGUAAUUGCUCGAAGACCUUUUCGCGCAUGUCGCUGCUGACGAAGCACUCCGAGGGUGGCUGUCCGGGCGGCAAUGCGAGCGCCAAUAGCAGUAGUGGUGGCAGUUGUGCCAGCGCGGUGGCGGCUGACUCGGUGGCGUCGGCGCAUGAGCUCCACAAUUACCCAGUCUAUGUGGAGCACUAGACAGCAGUGUGAAGAAGUGUGAAAUUAGAGCUGCGCGGCCAAGCCGAGUUUGCCAUGAACCACCAAAAAUUAGUUCCUAGUUCGAAACCCACCAGCCACUAGCAAAGGAGAAAAUUUUACAACAACUAAAUAGUAACUGAUCACUCAACUCAGCGCGCGUCUAUCAAUCUAUCAUUCAAAAUAAGUACCUAAAUUACGCACACUUACAGAUACACACAUUUGUAUGUACGUGCGUAUGCAUCCCCCAGACCCAGUGUGCGCGUUGAACCUAGCAGAAAAAAGAAAAACAAAUUAAGCAGAAACAAAUUUCAUUACCUCUAGUCAGCUAAAAAAAUGUUGCUAACUUUCAAAGCAAAAACAACAAAAAAAAUCACAAAAACAACUACAUUAGUACUAACAGUUAACACAACAACAAACUAUUGUAAACAGGCCUUGCAUUUACCACAAAUUUUAACUCAACAACUAUUUUACUGUGAAGCUCAAUUUCGAAAGCCUCAAACCUACUUUUUUUUGUAAAAUAUAAAAAACCAUAUUAG